AUGGCUGAGAAUGAGUCUCCCGCAAGGGAACCUUCCACUCGUGGCCGUGGCCGCGGCGGAAGAGGUCGUGGCGGUCGAGGUCGAGGUGGUGGUAGAGGUGGCUCUACUGCUGCAGUAUCCAAGGCGGCUACUGCAAAGACUGGCCGUGGUGGCUCACGAAGAGGCCGAGCAAAGAACUUCGCCGAUUCGCGUGUUCAAGCUGCUUAUGAACGACAACGGCAUCUCAAAGCCAAUUAUCAGGCUGUUGCUCACGCGCUCAAGCCUGCUCUGCAAGAGCUUGCUGAUCGCACCAUUGAGGAUGCUUUACAUAACCCAGACAAGCAUAAACAUGCCCAAGAGUUUAUACCUGUCAUGCAAGAGCUUCAAGACAACCUCGAUGCCAAAAUAGCCGAGUAUAAACGACGCUUCGACAGAGACAUGGAGCUUGCUGAGCAUUUGCGUAACGCUGAUGAUUAUGUUGCCCACCAAGAGUACCAGAAUGGUCUUGCAGAAGUCACAGAGCAAUUCUACGAAGGACAAGAGAACCGCGCUCGCAUUCUCAACUCUUUGUAUGACAAGGAUCUUCCUGUCGAUGUUGUCGAUGAUCAGUACGAAUACAAGGUCAUCAGCGACGAACAUUUUGACGAAGAAUUUGGAAUUUAUGAGUGCAAGUUGGAUGGCGUCUUGGUUCCCUAUCCUUCUCGGGUUCCAGGCACUGCCAUGUGGCAAAAGGGACGUGAUAAUGAAGUGGCUGCUACCGCUGCUGUCACUGCCGCUGCUACUACUACUGCCGCUGGUCCAGCCAAAAGCACCCGUGGCCGAGGCCGGGGUGCCAACAAACGCAGAGCACAAGAGCAACCUGAGGGUCAACCUACUCCCAAGAAGAACACCAGAAGUAAUCCUGAUGAUGCCCUCGUAUCUCCAUCACUUGCUGCUCCUGCCCCAGCUCCCGCCAAAGGUCUUCUCGCUAGUGCUGCGGAAGUCGAGGCAACGCCCGAGGGCACGCCAGCUGAGUCAGACUCAACCCCAGCAUCACCAGAACCACCCGCUUUCGCCAACGGUAUUGCACCGGCUGCUGCUGCUCGAGUUCACAAUCUCAGAUUGCCUGCUCGUGAGAAGAGCCCACCAUUGCCAAAGAACAUGGGUGAGCCAGACGAGUACGGCUUUCGAAUGUUCAACCAGAAGCCGUCGAUGCGAGAGAAGGGCAUUAGCAGUCGCCUUUUCGUUCCUCGACCAUUUGAGUUCGAGAAAUGGGAGAUUGGCUUCAGAGACUCGACCAAUGACUCCAGCAAAGGCCAUACUCGCGCCAAGCGUGGCAAAUAUCUCGACAAUCCUGACAGCCACGGAGUAUACAUAGAUAUGUGGUGUAACGGCUACGACUUUUCAACCACAACGCCUUCGGACUUUGACAAAGAAAUCGUGAGGCGUUUUGGGGUGCACCCUAAGUUUGGUAUCAUACUGAGAGACGCCCCCGUCCCUGAAGUCGAAAAGACUCCUCAUGUCAUGCCAGGAAAGCCAGUGGUCUAUAUCGCGAACCCUUCAGGUCGAAUUUCGCAUGCAUCUCGUUCGUUCUUGAAGACGACCAACCACCGCCGCCUAGAAGACAGCCCGUAUCGCGCCAAGAUUGGGGCGUCCGUGAGACGGUUCUGCAAGCUUGAAGACGUCAACCCCGACGAAAUCAACAUUUCUGAAUAUGUUCGAUCCGAAGAGGAGCUACGAAGCAUGUCUUUAGGCACUGCUGUCAAGGAACUCGAAGCCAGACCUGUUGUUAGCCGGGCACCAUCCGAGUCAGAGGAGCCAGAGGUUGAAGACCAAGUGACUGAAACAGAGGAUAUGACUGCUCCUCAACCUGAAGUUGGAUUUACCGGUCUUUCAGUCCUCGCACUUGCUGGCGCCUUCCUUGAAGUUGAAGAGCAAAAAAGCGCGCCGGCAUCUGCACCUGCGCCAGCACCCAAGCAUGCUCGCUAUGAUGCCAUUCGUGACGUCUUCACAGAUUCAAAGCCUACGCCAACCCCAAAACCAGACAACAAGCCUAGUGCUGGACUCGAUAUCCUGGCUGCCCUGAGUGACGUCGCGGGUACCUCGAAUGAGUCUGUCUCUACUCAAGAGGCUGUUCCAGUUUAUGGCAUCGCAGGAGCCGAGUACGCGAUGGGCUAUGAGCCAGCACCUGUAGCUGAAGCUCCUGCUAUCAUGGAGGCCAUUAGUGUUCAAGAACAACCCGUCUACCGUGAUGGUGUGACAAACGGUAUGGGCCCUGCUUCCCAUGGAAUGCAGGAACAUGAUCAUCGAGGCUCGAUCGCUCGAACCACUGAACUUCCACCCGUUACUCCAAGUCAGGCUCCCAUUGACCCUCGAUUCAGUUCUACCCUCGUUGAGGUUCCUCAAGGCUACAUGCACCAGCCUCACGCCCAGCUGCCAAUGCAACCAAGCGGCUCAGUGCAUGGUCAUCCCGGGGAGGCCAUGCCAUACCCACCCAUCCAUGACCACAGUGUGCCACAGCAUCCGUCAGUACGACAUUCUGAUUACCCUCCCCCCCCUCCCUCUCAGGGUCCUCCGGCUCAGGAGCAGGGGGCAUAUCUGUCACAUAACAGCUACCCGAACCCAGAUCACCGUGAUGCUCAUAUGGCCUCCGGCCGCCCUAUCGAUCCAGGUUACUCCCCUCGUCGAUUGAGCUAUGCCACCGACGCCCCUAGCUACUCCCGCCAAUACUGGUCGCAACCUCCGCCGCCUCCGGGCCCUGCGACUGCUCCUCCCGCCCCUCCGGGACCUGCCACUGGUUCAGUGUCGUCUCACUACUCAUCUCCAGCUCCGCCUCCAGCCCGAAUCCCAUUUUCUCACAAUGGAAGCACCGAGCCUUUACCUCCCCUGCGCCCAUCCAGGGGACGCAACCAAUCCCUUCAAGACGAGGCACUUCUAGAACCUAGUCUACGUUCUUCUGGUCCUUACUGUCUCCCUGGCCCUCCUCGCAGUUACCACCGAGGAGGCUAUCCUGGCCCCGAGCCACACGGGCAACCACCACUGCAGCCCAUCGCGACGGAUCGAAUCCUGCCAAACCCGCAGACUGCCGGGCAAGGUUUCAUGACCUCGCCUCAUCAAGGCUACGCACAUCAAGUACUAUCUCCAACGUAUGCGAACCCCCCUCCUAUGCCUCCACACAUGGCUCAAAGCCCCCAAGAAAACCAUCAGGGUCUGCCCAAUUCGGUUCACCGUCAUCGGUCUACCCCUUCAGGGUCGUCUGACGCCGGUAACAAGUACCGCAAGCUUCAACCCGCCCCCGUACCCGCGCACCGAGCGUGGCCGAAUAAGCCCGAACUCAAGACCAUUCCGUACGACCAUAAAGAGACCGGGUCCGCCGCCGCACUUCCUAGUUCUGGGCCAACCCAAAUCAGAGGAUGGAGUGCAGAUGAGCAACCCGGACCGAGUAAGCCUUUCAAGUCCGUUCGAUUUGCCGAGCCCCUCGUUGGUGUUCCGGCUACUAGCCAGAGAUCCAACAAGCGAAAGCGUCGUCAGUCGCAAACAAGAGAGGGUGCCGCGGAGAUUGAGCCUACUGAAGAGGCACCCACAAAGAAGGAUAAUGCUGCGUUGGUCUCCAAUCCCAACGACAGCCCACCUAAACGACAUCUACGUCCGAGAAAGCCUAAACCCGCUCAGGCCCAACCAGCGGCAUCAACCGUCGAGCCAUCAAGGAAGAAGACAAGAACAGCCGCAACGCGAAAGCCCAACACCACUGGAUCUUCCAAGGCGACAUCAAAGAAGACAGUUAAGAAGACAGUUGACAAGAGCGUCCAACCUAGCUCAUCCAAGAGAACGAGCGCCCGAGCCACAGGCAAUGCUAUAGAUUCCAAGACUACGAGCGGCAAGACCUCGAAGGAUCAGGAGCCUUCAGUUAAGGAUGAAUCGUCUGAUGAUGUUCAAAUUAUCAAGAGCCAGCGAGCGGUCAUAACCAUUGAGAGCAGUGACGAAAGCUCACAAUAA